AUGAUGAUUUAUAAAGAAAAAACAAAAGAAUGUAUUGAAUGUGAAAAACGAUAUUAUUUAAAUUCAAAUAAAGAAUGUCAAUAUAAUUCACAUUGUAUUAAAAUAAAUAAUCAAAAUCAUUGUAUUGAAUGUGAAUAUGGAUAUUAUCUUAAUUUAAAUACAAAAACAUGCAAAAUACUCAAAAAUGAAUGUAAAAUUGGAAAUGAAACAUAUUGUUAUCAAUGUAAAGAAGGAUUUAUUAAAGAAAAUGGAGAAUGUAAAGAAAAAGAUAAUAAAUGUAAUAAAUCAGAAAGAAAUUAUUGUUUAAAAUGUUCAAAUGGAUAUAAAAUAGAAAAUAAUCAAUGUAAUGGAGAUAAAGAAGAUCAAUGUUAUUAUGAAGGAAAUAACUGUGUAUCAUGUUCAAAUAGAUAUACAUUAAAUAAUGGAAAAUGUUCAAAUAAAGAAAAGAAUCAAAAUGGAAAGAAUGAAGAAAUAUAUUGUGAAAAUGGAAAAUACAUCAAUAAUAAUAAAUGUAUAGAAUGUUCAAAAUCAGAAAUAUGUCAAACAAAUGAUAUUGAAAUAAAAUGUAAAUAUGAAGAAUAUUUAGAUAAUAAUAAAUGUAUAAAUAAAACAUGUGAAAAAGAUAUGAUAAAAGAUCAAAAUGGAAAAUGUAAUAAUAAUAUUUCAUAUUGUUUAAAUAAAUCAUAUGUUAAUGGAAAAUGUGUUGAAUGUUUAAAUACAUAUUCACCUAAUUUGAACGGAGAAUGUAUUAAUACAAAAAUAGAAUAUUGUGAAGAACAAAAUACAUAUGGAUGUAAAAGAUGUAAAGAAAGAUAUUAUUUAACAAAAGACAUGAAAUGUUUAAAAUGUGAUGAUAAAUGUGAAACAUGUUAUGGAACAUCUACAUAUUGUAUGAGUUGUUCUAAUGAUAAAUAUUUAAGAAAUGAUAAAACAUGUCAAUCAAAUGAAGAAUUAAAUGGAACAUGUUUACGAAUAUUAGCAGAUGGAAGUGGAUGUGGAAUAUGUCAUAAAGGAUAUUAUAGAAAUGGGAAAGGAUGUUCAAAAUGUGGAAAAGAAUGUUUAACAUGUAAUCAAAAAGAUAAAUGUAUAAAAUGUGGAGAAGGAUAUUUUAUGAGUUCAACAGGAAUAUGUAAAUCAACAACAACAAUUAAAGGAUGUAAAGGAGAAAUAGAUAAAGAAUAUGGAUGUAGAGAAUGUUUAACAGGAUAUUAUUUAAUAAAUAAAGAAUGUUCAAAAUGUGGAAAUAAAUGUAUAACAUGUUUAAAUGAGAAAGAAUGUAAUAAAUGUGAAGAAGAAUAUAUAAUAAUAAAUAAAGAAUGUAUUCAUUAUUCAAAUAUUAAUAAAUGUAAAGAAACAAAAAAUAAUAAAUGUUCAAAAUGUUCAUUUUGGUAUGGAAUCAAUGAAGACGGAACAAAAUGUAAUAAAGAAAUUGUAUGGUGGAUGAUAAUGAUAAUUAUCAUCAUUAUACUUAUUAUCAUCAUUAUAAUAAUUAUAAUUAUAAUAAUAAUGAUUAAUUACAUUAUAAAACGCAAAGAAAAGAAAGAACAAGAGAAAACAACAACAAUAUUUAAAAUUUCACAAUCAAAUAUCAAAUUCAUAUCACUUGGAGAUGGAAUAAUAACAAAUAAAAAAGAAAUAGAAAUAGGAGAAGGAGAAGAAAUUGAAGUAAAUAAAGAAAUCAGAGAAUUAAUAUGUAUUGGAAAUGAAAAUAAAGAAAAAAAGAAAAUACAAAUAAGUAGUAAAGAAGGAAAUGAAAAAUAUUCAAUUAGAAUCAAACCAAAUAUUAUUACAAUUGAAGGAGGAUAUGCAUGUGAAUUUGAAAUAUUCAUUACAAUCAAAUGUACUACUAAAAUUAAAGAACAAAUAAUGAUAAUUAGUAAAACACUUAAUAAAACACAAGAAGAAAUAAUUAAAAGUAUUCAAUAA